GAGGCGGAGGCGAAGGCGGGCGGACAUGCCUCGCUCCCGCUCCUCCUAUCCCCGCGCCCCGCCUCCCUCCCGCGCCUUCCCGCCGCCCGUCCCCCGCGCACGGCGUGUCUCGCCUCGCGCCGUCGCCGCUGCCGACGCGGCCGCCGCUGGUGCUGGGGCUGCUGCUGCGGGAACAAAGGAGGGAAGCGGCGGCGGCGGUGCCGCCAGCUCCGCGCCCCCCUGCCCUCCUGCACACUGCCCGGAGACACCCGCGGCGCCUUUUCCAACACCCGCCGCGGGGUUUCUGGCCCCCACCGGGAAUAGCAUCGAGAUGACUCAGGAGACAAACCAGACCCCAGGGCCCAUGCUGUGUAGUACAGGAUGUGGAUUUUAUGGAAAUCCUAGGACAAAUGGGAUGUGUUCUGUUUGCUACAAAGAGCAUCUUCAGCGGCAGCAGAAUAGUGGUAGAAUCAGCCCAAUGGGAACAGCCAGUGGUUCCAACAGUCCUACCUCAGACUCUGCAUCUGUACAGAGAGCAGACACUAGCUUAAACAACUGUGAAGGUGCUGCUGGCAGCACAUCUGAAAAAUCAAGAAAUGUGCCUGUUGCCGCCUUGCCUGUAACUCAGCAAAUGACAGAAAUGAGCAUUUCAAGAGAGGAAAAAGUAACACCGAAAACAGAGACUGAACCAGUUGUUACUCAACCAAGCCCAUCAGUUUCUCAGCCUAGUACUUCACAGAAUGAAGAGAGGGCUCCUGAACUGCCCAAACCAAAGAAGAACAGAUGUUUCAUGUGCAGAAAGAAGGUUGGCCUUACAGGAUUUGACUGCAGAUGUGGAAACUUAUUUUGUGGACUUCACCGUUAUUCUGACAAGCAUAACUGCCCAUAUGAUUACAAAGCAGAAGCUGCAGCAAAAAUCAGGAAAGAGAAUCCAGUUGUGGUGGCUGAAAAAAUACAGAGAAUAUAAAUUAACUGCUUGUGAAAAGACUGACUGACUUUUCAUUUUGUUUUUAAUACAUCCUAGAAAAACGUGAAAGAACAAGUGCAUGGCCUUUUUUCUCUGUUCUUCAAAGUUUUACUUUUAGUCUUGUCUGUCUUAAUGGUAUUUCAGAAUGUUUGAGUGUUUGUUACAGGCAGAAUUGGAUAGAUACAGCCCUUGAAAAUAUAUAUGCCCUCCCCAGAAUAUAAUUGAAUGAUCAGAAACCUGCACAGGAAUACACAUGCACAGAGGACGGACUCUAGGUCAUAUGUGCCAACAGAUGUAUGCUAUCUGCAUAUUUGCAGCAGAUCUGCCUUUCAAGAUGUGUUUGAGGUACAUAAUCUUUGGCUAGUGUUAUUUACCUGUUUUGGAGAAGGAUAUAUCAAAAUUAUUGGCAGUCUACUUCUAGCAUUUAAAAUCUCAUCCUAAUUUUGGCUUCCACACUCCAUUGUUUUCCAGCGGAAUGUAAGCUAUGUAUAGGGGCCUACCAUUCCAGUAAGAUGAGUGUUGGUGCCAUAUUUAAGGAAGUCAUUGUAUCAAUUCCACUGAGAAAAAUGGAAAAAAAUCAGAUAAGUAUGAGAAGAAAACUGGUUUGGAAAAGAUUACAUUAACUUUAGAAUCGUGAAAAUACAUUGGCAAAGGAGAUGUCCUGCUAGGAAUUUAUGAACUGGCCUGCAGACAGAGUCGUCUGCUUUUCCUUUCAUAGCUGAAAAUGUUGUGUACCACAAUAUUAUUAAGAUUGGUAUGCAGAAAAAAAACCAUAUGUUUUUAGACAUACCACAGCAGCUUUAUCAAGCAACAUGUCUGAUGAGUAAGUUGCUGAUGUGUUAGAGCAGUUUAUUAUUCAUAUACUACUUACAUUCUGUGUGUUCGGAGUUCAAAAGAAUGUUAGGAGUUAAUUUUUUCUAGUUUUAAAUGUAGCAGUUGCACCGUUCUGCAUGGAAAACCAUACCCAACAUGGCUGCUGUAGAUUUAAGUGGUAGCUGGAACCACUCUUGGAGGGCUGCUUUAUCAUUUUUAAUUGUACUUGGGUGUAGGACUGUAGUGUUCUUGGGUGUAUUGCAUGGGCUGCAUUAUCUACAGCAUUGUACAAUAACAACUCUAGAAAAGACAGUAUACUUCACUGAUGCUUGUCUGGUAAUAUCACUUCUGUGUUAUAAUGGAAGGGGUUUUUGUGAUGUAUGAAACUUGUGAUUUUUAUAUAAACAAGUACGGUUUAGACUAGUGUUGUGAUAAUGCCUGUUCUUAUCUGUAAAUAGUUACAUAUGUACACAAGGCGCUAUUCCUGAACUUCUGAUUUUUAUCGCAAUGUUCAAUCUUAGUUUUUACUUCACUAUUAAAGCAUCAGGUUUUUGCUUCUAACUUUGUUCUUCUGGGUUAUUAGAUAUGCAGACAUGUACAGAUAGUUCAUAUUUAUGUAUUGCACAUAAUCAUGCUACCCAGCAUCUAUGGUAUAUUGUAUUAUGUAAAUAAUAAAAAUCAUGUACAGAAGGAAAUAA